AUGCUGCGGCACCCAACGACAAAAGGCAGGGUGGUGUGCCAUCGAAUCGAGAUCUCAUUCCAUGGGCAAGCUUCAAGGUCAGCUGGCAUCCGUCGUUCUCCUGGUGGCGCGAUCUUCACUCUGAUGUGCUGCUGGUUGCAUGGACGUGAUGUGUCUGGCAGGCACGUCACAAUGCACAACUGGCCCUGUGAGAAUCGACGACCUGGAUCUCCAUCACUGGUGUUGUUGUCGCCGCAUGAUGGCACCUUCAAAGAGGAGGAGGCUUUCCAUCUCCAGGCAAUGCCGAUUUGUAACCUUCGUCACACACUUGUCAGCAGCUCUCCAAAUGCCACCCAACACCUCCACCUCACCCUGGACAGGAGAGUAGCACUUUGCCAAAGUGGAGUCCCUCUCUUUCGAUUGCGUGAAUCUCCUCACCGCCUCCUGUUCGGCUGCAUGCGUUCCGACCACCCUCAGGGUAUCAUCGGGAACGUCAUCCCAGCUGCUGACAAAGUUGGCCUUACACUGUCUCAGGAUGAUGUGGUUCAGCUGAUGCUUCUGCUGCAUCCCUACUUGGUGCACAACUUGAGCCCCGGAGAUCUUGAUGUUGCAGAGACUCUCAGAUUCCACAUGAAUUUCAUCACUGGUGCACCUAGCACUCAUGGUGACAUUCUUCCGUUCCUCCUGAUCAGCAACAUACUUGACCAGUUGCUCCAGACCACGGGCCAACACAAUGCGAGAGUGGCAGGAUCUAAGAUCCAAGUUCAGGAGGCAAUCAAAUGCAAACUGAACAUAGCGGGUGUCAUGGCUGGUCAAGAUCGACCCAUCCCGAAUAUGAAUCUCCAGAUGGUUCCUCAGGGUUCCAAAGCCGGCCACCCUAUUGAAAGCACCACUUCGGAGAACAAGGCUGAAGGCAGUGCACCCACAGGACUUCCAUCGCUGAGACUCCUCCAAAAUAUCAGGGGGAACAUCAUGGCUUCUGGGUACAGAAGUGGCACAAUGCAACCAGACAAGCGUGCAGUGCCCACCCCCACACUGAAGUCCAGAAGCAUACGGAGCUCAUAUGAUGCCCUGGAGAUUUCCAAGGCUACAGAGGAGGGAUACUUCCUCCCUGCAUUUAUAUCACGUACUGCUGCAGGACGUUCUGGGGUGCAUGAUAUACAAGAGUACCAUUUCUCGUCAACCACAUCCCUGCUCUCCACCUUCCCCACACCCUACUCCAUCUGUAGCCACAUCACCACUGAUGCCAAUAUCCAUGGCCCCAGUAUAUCCUUCCUGUGCCAAAUACUACACACCUGCUCUGAGAAUUCCCAAGCUUGCUGGACUAUGGCUGCUCAAGGACUUCUGCUUCUGUCCAUGAAUAUCAAUCAAAUAUUGAGGGACAACAUCUUAUACUUCCCAACUCACUUCAUCCACAUCCCCACUUCCUGCAACAUCCACACUGACCUCAUCAAACGGAACUCCUAUGCCUCCUGGCACUGA